AUGAAUGCUAACAUUUUUACAUCACAAAUAUUAGGAACUCCUCCCAUCACAAGAUUUCUUUUUUUGGCCAUAAUAGCACUAAUGAUCUUAGUGUAUAUUAAUGCUAUACAACCUUACACUUUGUAUUACAGUUCUUUAUUUCUUAGGUACAUGGAAGUAUGGAGAGUUAUAACCUGCUUUUUGUAUUUUGGUAAACCUUCUUUAGAUGUUAUUAUCCAUAUAACUUUCUUGUACAGAUAUUCUAAAAUGUUAGAAGAAAGCUUUAUUUAUACAUCUGAUUAUUUAUAUUUAUUAAUGAUAGUGUGGGGAACACUAUUCAUAGUAGCUAAUAUAUUUAAUAUAAGUACACUAGGUACAGCAUUUUCAAGUACGAUAACAUACAUUUGGACAAGGAAGAAUCCUAGUGCUGUAGUACAGAUAUUUGGGUUUAUAAAUUUUCCUGCUUUUUAUCUUCCUUUUAUUGUACCUUUAUUUAUGCUAAUUACAGAAAAGAAAAUAUUAAUAGAAGAUAUCUUGGGAAUAUUAGUUGGACAUUUUUAUUUUUUUUUUAAGGAUGUGUAUCCUAAAUUUGGACAAGAUAUUUUCAAAACACCAUGUUUUUUAAAGAAGUUAUUUAGAGAGCACUCUAGUGACUGUUGUAAAAAUAAAAAAAGGAGAAGACCUUUAAAUGUCAAUAGGGACAGAUCAAGGAUUAAUGAAACUCAUAAUGAUGAUACAGUGCAGAAUAAUGAUGGUACAGUGCAUAAAGAUGAAACUCGCAAUGAAGAUGUGGUGCACAAUAAUGGGUCUGUACUAAAUGAGAUUUUAAAGGGAGAUUUGAUGAAUGAAGAAGAUAUAAAAAUAUUAGAAGAAUCAUUUAAUCGUACAAAUGUUGAAGAGACAGAAUCUUUAGUUGUAGAAAAAUCUAGUAUUACUGAAUGUAUUAGCACAGAAAGUUGUGAUAACAACAAAUUGUCAGAUAAUAAAACAGAUGAAAACGAAGAAGGAUGGUCAUCUCAAACAGUAGAUAGUGAUUAA